AUGUCGUUCAAGCUCGGUCGGUUAAAUCUGGGCGCCGUCGCGCAGGGGGUGGGUGGACUCGUGUUCGGGAGCGGCGACGACCAGGAAGACGACGGCGGAGUGGAGCGGCUGUUGGAUCGCAUCAGCAAUGGAGUGCUCGCAGAGGAUCGCCAGUCCGCCAUGGCCGACCUGCGCGACGUCGUCACGGACAGCCCUGUCGCACAGCAGGCGCUGGGAGCCAUGGGUAUACCCGUGCUGCUAUCCGUAUUGCGGGAGGACCGAGAAGACGUGGACCUGGUACGGGGAGCGCUAGAGGUGCUGGUGGCAGGGUUGGCAGCAGGGGCAGGAGGAGGGGGCGCGGAGCAGAGGGAGUGGGGCCAGCAGCAGCAGCAGCAGCAGCAGCAGCAGCAGCAGCAGCAGCAGCAGCAGCAGCAGCAGCGGGUGGCGCCAGGGGUGAUCAACUCGGAGCUCUUUGCUCGUGAACCCCACAGCAUCGCACUGCUGCUGGCACUGCUGGAGGAGGAGGAUUUUUACAUUCGCUACCACACCGUUCAGCUGCUCACAAUCCUCCUCUCCAACUGCCCGCACAGGCUACAGGAGGCGAUAUUGGUGAUCCCACAGGGCGUGGGGCGGCUCAUGGAUAUGAUGGCGCUCAAUGAGAGAGAGGUGAUUCGCAACGAGGCACUCGUGCUCAUGAUCAACCUCACACGCUCCGCUGAGGAGAUCCAAAAGAUAGUGGUAUUCGAGGGCGCCUUUGAGCGGGCGUUGAACAUCAUUCGAGACGAGGGAGGGGCGGAUGGAGGCAUCGUGGUGCAGGACUGCAUAGAGCUCAUCAACAACCUCCUCCGCUCCAACGCUCUGGGAGGGUUGGUGCUGGGGCAUGCUGCAAAUCGGGAGGAGCUUGGCAGUAAGCUGAUUAGCAGGGCGGAUCCGACGACUUUCCUGUAUCGGGACGCUGGGUGGGGGCCGAGGAAAGGGAGGCGGGGAGGGGGAGGAGGGGAGGGUGGGUGGGGAGGGGAUGAGGAGGAGGAAGGGGAGGAGGAGGAGGGGUUGUUGAGGGGCGUGGGUGAGGAGAUGGAGCCGGCGCUGCACUGUGUGCUGCGGGUGGCCCUGAGGGCGAGUGCCAUGAGGGAGAGCUCUGCUGCUGACUAUGUUAUUCGAUGCUUCUGUGAGGGCAACAGCGAGGGGCAGACCAUGCUAGCAUCCACCAUCACCCCGCUGCCUCAAGGCGUCGCGGGCAAGGGGAAGCGAGGAGGAGGUGCAAUGGGGGCUGAUGCAGCUGAUGACGCAGCGAAUCUUACCUUUGGAGGGUGCGUGUGGAGGGUGAGGGCGAGUGUGAUGAUGGUUGAGGACAAGAGAGUAGUUGCCCCUCCCGAACUCCUCAUGCCUCGCAUCAUGCGUUACCUCUCCCCUACCAUCCUGCCUCAUUCGUCUGCAAGCCUUGGAGGCGAGCUGCAGGGCAGCCAGCGUUCUCUCUCACCUCCUCAAGUUUGUUGUCGCACCUCCUCACGGGCAACUUAA